AUGUCCCCAGCAACCCUAGACAUGCAAGCACUUCAAUACCUCCGGUCCGAAUUCUCCAAAGCACUAAAAGACUUUGCGGGCUCACCAUCGUCGUUUCGGAUCCUACAUACCAUUCCUCCAACAUCGGCACCCAGCCAUGGCAAACCCAUCCCCACAAGGACGCUCUACGUGCUGGACUCGAGUUUCAACCCGCCUUCAAAAGCCCACUCCAGCCUCGUCAAGACGGCACUCAGAUCUCAGCGCUCAAAGUCGGAAAGGAAAGGUCAGAGCCAAAGCGAGACGCCCCGAGUUUUAUUCCUGCUCGCAACAGUCAACGCCGAUAAGAAACCCAAGCCCGCCGACUUUGAAGACCGUAUCGUCAUGAUGGCACUGGCUGCACAGGACCUGCGGUCUACUUUCUCGUCAAAUGGGCCUUCUACUACCACUUCUGAUUCUGCCUCCUCGAGCUCGUCAGACCCGCCGGUAGGGACGGUGGAAGCGCCGAUCAUCGACAUCGGCAUCACGAAGCAGCCGUAUUUCGUGGACAAGGCCAGCGCGAUCCGUGACAGUAAUGUCUACGAAAAUCCAGAUCGAGAAGACGGCGUCACGGAGCAAAUCCACUUGACCGGGUUCGACACCCUGCUCCGCAUCUUCACCCCGAAGUACUACCCGAAGCAUGACCCGCCGUUGUCGGCGCUGGAACCCUUUCUGGAGCACCAUCGUGUGAGGGCAACGAUACGGGUCGACCCGGACAGUCCGAGCGCGAACUUGAAGGAUGCGCAGAAGACGGAGGGCGGAUCGAGUAGUGGCGCUGUAAGUAGCCCCGACUUUAGCACGCCGGAAGGCCAGUCGAAGUACCUCCAGGGCAUUCGGGAGGGGGCGCUGGAGCAGGAGGGCAUGAAACGAGAAUGGUCUGACAGAGUCGAAUUGGUGGUGGACGAGGAAGGAGAGGCCCAGGGCGUGAGUAGUACGAAGGUAAGGGAUGCGGUUAAGGAAGGGAACUGGGCUCAAGUGAGAGAGCUGGUUGGGGCGAGCGUCGGAGAUUGGAUUAAAGAGAGGGGGUUGUACUUGGAAGGGGAAGCCAGUGGGAAGCUGUGA